CCGUUCCAAAAGCCGGCGGCGCCACGUCGGGUCUAGACCGCGGGACGUUCAGCCCCAAACCCCUGACGCACUUCCGGAGCCUGCCCCGCUGCUUACUGCGGAGGGGCGUGGCCGCGGCGCCGCGCGGUCCCACCGCCUGAGCACUGGUGCAAACGCUAGCUCGAGCGCUGGGUUGACCUGCGUGCCGGCGCUCACUCCUCCGGACCCUCCACACACUCGGGUUGGAUCGCUCAGGGAUUGAGCUGAAUCUCAGCAAGGCUGGAAGCCAAUCCCCAGGUCUCUAGGCAUCAGGGCUGCAGCCCAAGAGUCUCAAGGCCAGUGGGCGGGCGACUGACAGCCAGACAGACUGGCUUGCUGUCUACCUCUUUGGUUUGCCGUGUUCUGUGCCAGCAAUGGCCGCUAGUUUCCAACAGGAAAUCUUGGUGGCUGAGCGAAUUUGUGACCCAGGAAGUAGCAACUAAAUGCCUGGGAUGCUGAUUCAAGGCUGGUGUGUGCUCUAAGGUCCCUGAGCAGCCCAGCCCUGCCAUGGACCCGGACCCCCAGGCAGGUGUGCAGGUGGGCAUGCGUGUGGUGCGUGGCGUGGACUGGAAGUGGGGCCAACAGGACGGCGGCGAGGGCGGCGUGGGCACGGUGGUGGAGCUCGGUCGCCAUGGCAGCCCCUCGACCCCUGACCGCACGGUUGUCGUGCAGUGGGACCAGGGCACCCGCACCAACUACCGUGCCGGCUACCAGGGAGCACACGACCUGCUGCUCUACGAUAACGCCCAGAUCGGCGUCCGCCACCCCAAUAUUAUCUGCGACUGCUGCAAGAAACACGGGCUGCGGGGCAUGCGUUGGAAGUGCCGCGUCUGCUUUGACUACGACCUCUGCACACAGUGCUACAUGCACAAUAAGCACGACCUCGCCCACGCCUUCGAGCGCUACGAGACAGCCCACUCGCGCCCUGUCACGCUGAGUCCCCGCCAGGGCCUCCCAAGGAUCCCACUAAAGGGCAUCUUCCAGGGGGCAAAGGUGGUGCGAGGCCCCGACUGGGAGUGGGGCUCACAGGACGGAGGGGAAGGGAGGCCAGGCCGUGUGGUGGACAUCCGAGGCUGGGAUGUGGAGACGGGACGGAGUGUGGCGAGCGUGACAUGGGCGGAUGGUACCACCAACGUGUACCGUGUGGGCCACAAGGGAAAAGUGGACCUCAAGUGUGUGGGUGAGGCGGCCGGCGGCUUCUACUACAAGGAGCACCUCCCGAGGCUUGGCAAACCGGCAGAGUUACAGCGCAGGGUGAGUGCUGACGGUCAGCCCUUCCAGCAUGGGGACAAAGUCAAGUGUCUGCUGGACACAGACGUCCUGAGGGAGAUGCAGGAAGGCCAUGGUGGCUGGAACCCUAGGAUGGCAGAGUUUAUCGGACAGACGGGCACCGUGCACCGCAUCACGGACCGCGGGGACGUGCGCGUGCAGUUCAACCAGGAGACCUGCUGGACCUUCCACCCUGGGGCUCUCACCAAGCACAACUCCUUCUGGGUGGGCGAUGUGGUUCGUGUCAUCGAUGACCUGGACACAGUGAAGCGACUGCAGGCUGGGCAUGGCGAGUGGACAGACGACAUGGCCCCUGCUCUGGGCCGCGUUGGGAAGGUGGUGAAGGUAUUUGGAGAUGGGAAUCUGCGUGUGGCAGUUGGUGGCCAGCGAUGGACCUUCAGUCCUUCCUGCCUGGUGGCCUACCGGCCUGAGGAAGACGCCAACCUGGACGUGGCCGAGCGCGCCAGAGAGAACAAAAGCUCGCUCAGUGUGGCCUUGGACAAGCUUCGGGCCCAGAAGAGUGACCCAGAGCACCCAGGGCGGCUCGUGGUGGAGGUGGCACUGGGUACCAUGGCUCGGGCUCUGGACCUACUGCGGAGGCACCCAGAGCAGGUGGACACCAAGAACCAGGGCAGGACUGCCCUGCAGGUCGCUGCCUACUUGGGCCAGGUGGAGCUGGUGCGACUGCUGCUGCAAGCGAGGGCAGCCGUGGACCUGCCGGAUGAUGAGGGCAACACAGCACUGCACUAUGCAGCCCUGGGGAACCAGCCUGAAGCAGCCCGGAUGCUCCUGAGUGCAGGAUGUGGGGUAGAUGCCCUCAACAGCACCAGGAGCACAGCCCUGCAUGUUGCUGUGCAGAGGGGCUUCUUGGAGGUGGUGAAGAUCCUGUGUGAGCAUGGCUGUGAUGUCAACCUGCCUGAUGCCCAUGCUGACACACCCCUGCACUCUGCCAUCUCAGCGGGUGCCGGUGCCAGUGGCAUCGUUGAGAUCCUCACGGAGGUGCCAGGCGUUGAUGUCACCGCCACCAACAGCCAGGGCUUUACACUGCUGCACCAUGCGUCCCUGAAGGGCCAUGCACUAGCUGUCAGGAAGAUUCUGGCACGGGCGCGGCAGCUGGUGGACGCCAAGAAGGAGGACGGCUUCACAGCGCUGCACCUGGCCGCCCUCAACAACCACCGGGAGGUGGCUCAGAUCCUCAUCCGGGAGGGAAGCUGUGAUGUGAAUGUGCGCAACCGGAAACUCCAGUCCCCACUGCAUUUGGCUGUGCACCAGGCCCACGUGGGGCUGGUGCCACUCCUAGUGGAUGCUGGCUGCAGUGUCAACACGGAAGACGAGGAGGGGGACACAGCCCUGCAUGUGGCACUGCAGCGUCAUCAGCUGCUGCCCCUGGUGGCUGAUGGGGCUGGGGGGGACCCAAGGCCCUUGCAGCUGCUGUCCAGGCUGCAGGCCUCGGGCUUCCCUGGCAGCUCGGAACUGACAGUGGGUGCAGCGAUCGCCUGCUUCCUGGCGCUAGAGGGUGCAGAUGUGACCUAUGCCAACCACCGUGGUAGGAGCCCGCUGGACCUGGCAGCUGAGGGCCGUGUGCUCAAGGCUCUCCAAGGCUGUGCUCAGCGCUUCCGGGAGCGACAGGCAGGUGGUGGCGGGUGUGCGGCCCCAGGCCCCAGGCACGUGCUCAGCACCCCCAACACAGUGACAAACCUGCACGUGGCCCCAGCAUCGGGGCCGGAGGCAGCCGAGUGCUUGGUGUGCUCUGAGCUGGCGCUGUUGGUAUUGUUCUCACCCUGUCAGCACCGCACCGUGUGCGAAGAAUGUGCGCGCAGGAUGAAGAAAUGCAUCAGGUGCCAGGUGGUCAUUGGCAAGAAACUGCGCCCAGACGGAUCAGAGGUGGCGAGUGCAGCCCCGGCGCUCGGCGCACCGCGGCAGCUUGUAGAGGAGCUGCAGAGCCGGUACCGGCAGAUGGAGGAGCGCAUCACCUGCCCAAUCUGCAUCGACAGCCACAUCCGCCUAGUGUUCCAGUGUGGUCACGGCGCGUGCGCGCCCUGCGGCGCUGCUCUCAGCGCCUGCCCCAUCUGCCGCCAGCCCAGCAGCGACCGCAUCCAGAUCUUCGUGUGAGCCCACGACCCCCCCACCCCGCGCCCAACUGGGCCCGGCCCGCUGCGAGCCACGUCCCAGAACUGCCUCGCAAGCCCUCACUCUGUGUUUUAUAAAAAGAUUCACGGAUUC